AUGUCAACAUGGGUGCAAGAUGUCGAGGACAUUUCUCGCGAGACUAAAACGCCGAGUCUGACCGGGCGAGUGCACAUAAUCGGUCUUGGAAAUGCAGGAACAUUCAUUGCACACUCGCUUGCAUCGCGGCAAACUCCGCCUCCAAUCACCCUUCUUAUGCACCAGGCCUCGUUCUAUCAUGCGUUCCGGCGGAAAAAGCGGAGUUUGGCUGUCAACUACAACGGUCUCGAUGAUAACAGGACAGGCUUCGAUGUGGAGGUUUUGCAUGAUAGAGUGUGGCACAGGAUACCUUCGAAAGAGGAGUAUCUCGAAGCCAGCGAGAAUCCCGAUAUUAUCGAGAACGAGGAAGCUGUGCCCGAGGAGGAAGGGCAUAUUGAAUGCUUGAUUGUCUGCUGCAAGGCUUAUAUGACUGAAAAAGUUAUCAGAGGAGUCCGUCACCGUCUGAGUCCCGAUUCGACUAUCCUUUUUAUUCAGAAUGGCUUGGGAAUUAUCGAGAAACUCAACAAGGAGAUCUUCCCGGACGAGAAGAGUCGGCCGAACUACAUGCAAGGCGUACUCACCCACGGUCUGAAGAAGCAAGACUCUUACAAGGUCGGCCACGUGAAUGUCGGCUCAUUGACCCUCAGUCCGGUAGUCACUGGCCAGACUCCGCUCAUCCAGGCCGAGAAGGACACACACUGGGCUCCUACAACAAAGUACCUGCUACGUCUUUUGACCCUCACCCCAUCUCUCGUCGCCACUGCCGAUACUCCCGCCGGCCUUUUGCAAUACCAGCUGGAGAGACUAGCCGUUGGCUGCGUUCUCAGCCCGCUUGGAGCAAUCCACGAUUGCAAGAACCGCGAGCUCUUGUACAACUUCCCAGUCUCUCGCACCAUGCGAUUGCUUCUCUUGGAGAUCUCCAGUGUGAUCUGUGCUCUCCCUGAGCUGCGUGGCAUUCCAGGAGUUGAAGAUCGAUUUUCGCCAGAGCGUUUGCGCCGAAUGGUCCUUAAUGUUGCCUCGAACCGUCCUGAAGAUACCAGUUCGAUACGUAACGAUCUACAUUACCAGCGAAAUACAGAGAUUGAUUUCCUGAACGGGUGGAUUGUGAAGCGUGGCGAAGAGCUAGGCAUGAAAUGCGUGCUGAACUACAUGAUCCAGCAGCUGGUGCUGAGCAGGAUGUUUAUUAUCAAUCAUCGGGAAGCCAGCGCGGUUCCAAUCGACUUCGAAAAUGUCAUUCUCUCCGGUGACAAGGGCAAGGACGAUUAA